CUUUGCUGGGGCUCUGUGUUCAAUGUGAGUGGUUGCUUUGCAGGAUUGUGCAUUCCUGAUGUCUUCUCAACAUUUCCAAAUGUGUAUUUACCAUUUUCUGAAGGAUUUAAACAAUUAAAACUUACAUCAAGACAUAUCGAUGCUCAAACCGGAGGAUCAGAGUGAGGACUGUGCCAGAAAUGGCUAUGACUUUUUGAAAUCCAGUCUGUCUGGUAUCAUCACGUAAGUUCGUUCAUUCCCACCUCAUCUUUGUGCAGACCAGACGUACGUUCGAAAAUCGACAAUCUAAUUCAGGAAGUUGCUUCGUUAAAGGAUGUUGAAAAGCUACUCUUCUGUUUGUUGCUCCCUGUGGAAAGUAGUCAAGGUGUUCAUGGGCUCAGUAACACAUCUUUUGGCCUAACUGGCGAUGAUCUGGACGUAUCUUCAAGUUAUGACGUCAAUGCUCUGGGCGUUGGCAUCUUCUCCCCAGGUGGUCAGUCCUCCCUGCAUCUCUCCAACCAGGUAGAACAAAGUCAGGCUUACACAUGGAUUGUAUCUCACUUGGAAGAGAAUCCAUCAACGUGCUUAAGAAAGCACGAGGUUUAUGAUGACUACAGAGCAUAUUGUGAGAAACACCAUAUGAAGACCCUAAAUACUGCAGACUUUGGAAAAGUAAUGAAACGCGCAUUUCCGAAUGUAAAACCUCGACGUUUGGGUCAACGGGGACAAUCCAGAUAUUGUUAUGGAGGCAUGCGUAAAAAGACUGAAAGCCAACCACCAUUUCUACCUGAUCUUACAAACGAAGCUCUUGGAAUGGCAUCUCAAAAUACAGUUAGUAGAUCCGCAGCAUCACCAGGAAGUAGCUCUGGAGGAAGUUUUGAAGCAAGUUCUCAAAUAAAUAUUUCGUCCAGUAGUCCGCUAAUUCGUCUUCUAAAGUCUAAUGGACCUGAUAUCGAUUUAGUCAGUUGGGCUGAUGAUCCAUCCAUAAGAUCCGCUCUAGGCAUUCGUGGUUCAAUCGUGGCUGACGUGGCUCACAUUCUUUUGGAGUAUGCUCACCAAGUUUUUGGAGUGCAAUUUAAGUCAUUGUUUCAACUUGCGCAACAUCUGGUUACAAACCGAUAUGUCAACUCCAGAUCAAAACAUGCGUUCGCUUUAAUCGCCCAUGCAGCUAACCCUCCUGUUUCAUUUUCUCCACCACCUUCCACAGCUCUAGCGGAAGUUCUUCAAAAAGGCGCUGUCAAGUCAGCUUUUGACAAAAUUCGAAAUGGUCGCCAAAAUUCAGCAACCAGUGAUUCAUCUUAUAGAUCGGAAUGCGUUAAAUUAGAAGGUUUUCAUACACCUAUAUCUACAAACAACAGUUCUCCAGCAAAUGCUCUUUCCCAAUCAUCUGUAUCAGAUAACAGAAGUGCAAAUCUCUCUGCAUCUCUUCCUAAUCGUGGUAUGAAUAAUCAUGGAAUGCCAACACUUGCAUCUUCUACUCCUUAUAGUACUGUUCAGAUGCCUCAUUGCAGUACUACUGCACAGCGUGUUGUUGACAACAAAUCAUAUGAAUUAAAUACUGCUGCAUUGUCACAAAAUAGUUGUGUCAGUUCGUAUACAGCUUCUGUUUUGGCAUCUCCAUCUGCUUUACAAUCUUCAAAUCAACAUAUAUCAAAUUAUCCUUUUACUUUUAGUCAAAACCUUCGAAAUAACUCCUUCAAUCAUCCAUAUUCACAUACCGGUUCUUCUGGUCUAACACAUCCUUCAGCAGCAAUGGCUUUGGCUGCAGCUGCUGCUGUUGCAGCACAUCAAAAACAUCAAUCCGGUGCACCAAAUUUUUCCCCUAAUGUUUUCGGCUCUAACUUCUCAUCUCCGCUUGGCCAGAUCGCUGGUCCUAUAUCACCAUCUGUGGAUUCCCGACAUAUAACUGCUAACGCUGUUUCUACUCCACCUGCUGCUCAUCGAGAGAAGCAUUCCGGCAUUUUGGAAACAUCCACACCAACUACCCAAUCCGAUUCAGUCUAUUCAAAUUUGAGUGGUUAUCAUUCUCCGAUCACUGGUAACUCUAUGUAUGCUGCUCAUCAGCACACUUCUCCUUACCCAAGACCACAACAACCACCUGCUCCCCUUCCACCAGGAGUUGGUGCACGUAGUCCGUAUGCUCAAGUUUCACACCUUUCUGCUACAAACACGGACUCCAGUCAGUCAGGAUUCAAACGGACAGUCCCACCUCAUCCUGGAGAAGCCCCAGGUGCAUACGAGCCAUCGCCACGAUUCCAUUUGGGUGGUCAAAGUCCAAGCAAACGUGCUCGUUAUUUGUCAACAGCUUCUGGAUCUAGUACUCUCUCAUUAUCAACAGAUGGUCCACCACUUAGUGGUGGUAGCUGCCCAGAUGGUAGUGAACGUUUUUCUGAUCAAGUGACACCAACUCUGGAUCAAAACAAUUCUGUAGCUGCUCCUUCACCUUCCAGUAGUGGUGGCAGUUCGUCAAACCCUCCACAUAUUCCACCAAAUCCAUCAGGUUAUUCUGGGCCAUGUUCUGCCCCACGCCAAUAUUGUGUUAAUACUCUCGACCAGUCAUCAUCCAUGCCUUCACCAUACUAUCCUGGUCGCUAUGAAGGACUAGAAAUGCACAGCCCUGCACCCCCUCCACACGGUCAUAUUAGGUCUCAUCAUGCAUCAAAUAACACAGGAUCAUCUAGUUCACAAUGGAAUGUUCCUGGAUUAUUGCCGUCUACUAAUAAAAUCAAUUCUUUUGACCAGCAGUCUGAUUAUUUAAUGAACUCAAGAUGCCAAAAUUAUAAUUCCAAUCUUUCCGUAUCAACUUCAGACCGCACUUCUGUUUCAACUGUUUUCCGGCCACCUGUUACUCCCUUCACACUAGAGUUAGAAGGUGAAGAAGAUGGUGAGAACUUGCCUCGACUAGGCACUUCACCAGGACCACAGAUACCACCUAGUUCACCUACUGAGUUUUUACCGUUUUAUUCUGAAGCUGCUAAUAAAUCCGCUCAGGCUCAACUUAGACAGAAACAGUUAACAGAACUCACUCCACGUGUACACAAUACACCGGACAGCGAUGAUCGUGGAACUAAUUCGGAUAAUAGUUCGCCUUGUAUAACGCUUGUAAACAUGAGUCGACCGGAUGUUCGAAAUAAUCCUCAAAUCACAUCUGCAGAAUACGUAACAACACCAAUGACCAAUCCUGUGUCUCACUCUGAUGAACUCUUGUCACCAAGCUUGUCAGAUUCAAAUGACCGUACACUCACUAUCCUUGAUAACUUAGAUGAAGUAAACACACCACCAAUGCCAGAUGGUCUGGCUGAUGCACCGUCUCCAAGUGAGGCAAUGAAAGAAAAUUCGCUAGUUCGAAAACGUGAAGAAUUGCAACACGAAUUAAGCACACCCGGUCCUUCUGAUCGUAGUAGAUCGCCAUCUUGUCCAAAUAACUCAGGUUCAGUCCAGUGUUCAAAUUCCGCAGAUGUGAGUAUCACAGCCUUCUAAUUUCUAUCCAUAGCCCAUAUUUGAUGAAGUAUACUACCGUGCAUUUAUAUAGUUUCGCAUUGACGAGUUUUUGAGUGAAUUAAUUAACGGAUCCGUGCAUUAUUAACUUUAUAUACAUAUUUCUAGUCUGUGUUUAUCUCUUUACAAUAAUUGGGUGCCGGAUAGAUAAUCAAAGAAUAUACGCACGUUAAGACAAUAUAACUAGAUGUAUUCUAGAUUCAGUCUUAAUUUUGCUGAAUAGUAUUCUUUCUACCUCUGACAAAUUUGGUACACAUUCUUUUUUGUUUACCCAAAGUAUAGACACAUAUAGACUGCAAGUUUUACACACUUCCAUCCUUCAUUUUAUUUUUUUACAUACGCUUUUGAUAUAGAAUUUUUCAAAUAACAAAUGACCCCUGUGUUUGUGUGUUGACUCUUGCGUUUUUAUAAAAUAUUUUUUCACUUGGUUCACAUCAUAACCACCAAAGAGCCUUUUUUGAUUGAUGUACAUGCAUAUGUGUAUUUAUAUAUAUCAUGAACUGUAAUUUUUCAUCAGAUUUUCAUAUUUUAACAUUGUGCUUUGUAUUUCUUGACAAUUUUACAACCCAUGGAGGAAUAGAUUGUGGUGGUAAUCGGGUUGUGACUAUAAGUUUUCGCAUAUAUAUAUUUUUGUUCCCGCAUAUACCAAAGUUUUGUAGUUUCAUGUAUGACUAAAAAUUUUUGAAUAAGCAUUUGAGUAAGAAAAACUUGUAAAUUUCCUCUCUCUAUAUUUUUUUGAUUAAAAUUGGAUGACUAUUAUGCUUUAUAAGUGUGAAGACAAAUAUAUACAUAUAUUUUAUCAAGC